AUGUCUCGCCAUCACCCAGAUCUCGUCAUGUGCCGCAAGCAACCCGGUAUCUCCAUCGGUCGUCUCUGUGACAAGUGCGACGGCAAAUGCCCCGUGUGCGAUUCCUACGUGCGUCCUACCACUCUUGUCCGGAUCUGCGACGAGUGCUCCUUCGGCAACUACCAGAAUAAGUGCGUCGUGUGUGGCGGUGAAGGAAUCAGCGAUGCAUUCUAUUGUUUCGAGUGUACGCGACUAGAGAAGGAUCGAGACGGCUGUCCGAAGAUUAUCAAUCUGGGAAGUUCGAGGACGGAUCUAUUUUACCAGAAGAAAAGUUUUCGAAAUCAAUGA